GAAGACUGAUAGAGCAAUCUUGCGAAAGCUUACUAAGUACUUAUUAUAGGCUGUUGCAACCAAUCCUUGGCCCCAUAUUUCCUUGAGAAUUGAGAUGGAUUUGCAACUAGAAGUCCAAAUGAAGCAAAAGCCACUUCUUUCUUCCUCCUCAUGGCUCGUUAUCGAUUAGACAACUAGUUCUUGACACGCUCCCAAGCAUCUGGUUUUGAUUCAAGUUUCAUCAGAAAAAGAUCAUGCAGCGACUCCAUUUUUGGCCAUACAAGUGUAGCAGCAAAUUGCCCAUACCUUCCCUGGGCCUCCUGCCUCUCCUGCUGCUGAUCUCCUUGGCAUCUCUCAGCAGCUCCUGCACAGAACAGGAGAAGGGCUCUCUUCACCAGUUCCUCGCCGAGCUCUCGCAAGACGGCGACCUUUCCAUGUCAUGGCGGAACGACAGAAGCUGCUGUGCCUGGGAAGGCAUCACCUGCAAUGGAGCUGGAGUGGUCACCGAGGUCUCUCUGGGAUCAAGGGGCCUUGAAGGGAACAUCUCAGCAUCUCUUGGCAACCUGACUGGGCUGCUGCACCUCAACCUGUCACACAACUCGCUGUCCGGCUACCUGCCCUGGGAAUUGGUUUCAUCCAGCAGCAUCAAUGUCCUCGAUGUCAGCUUUAACCGGCUCACAGGGGAGCUGAAAGACCUGCCAUCACCAGCUGAUGUUCAGCCUCUGAAGGUACUGAACAUAUCAAGCAACGCAUUCACAGGACAGUUUCCAUCCACCACAUGGAAGGCCAUGAAGAAUCUGGCUGCGCUCAAUGCCAGCAACAACAGCUUUACUGGGGAGAUACCGGCUCAUUUCUGCUCAAGCUCGCGAUCCUUGACAGUGCUUGACCUUUGCUACAACCUGUUCAGUGGAGGCAUACCCCCAGGGCUUGGUGCUUGUUCCAUGCUAAAAGUGCUCAAGGUUGGUCAAAACAAUCUCACUGGGACUCUUCCUGAUGAACUCUUCAAUGCCACCUCGUUGGAGUACCUUUCUUUCCCCAACAAUUGUUUAGAUAGAACACUUGAUAGUGCGCACAUAGUGAAACUAAGUAAUCUGGUUACCCUUGAUCUUGGAGGGAACAAAUUCAAUGGCAGGAUUCCAGAAUCUAUAGGCGAACUCAAGAAACUAGAGGAGCUCUAUUUGGGCUACAACAACAUGUAUGGAGAGGUGCCAUUGACGCUGACCAACUGCACAAAUCUCAAACACAUAGACAUCAAGAACAAUAACUUCAGUGGAGAGCUCUCGAAAGUCAAUUUCUCCACCCUACACAAUCUACAAACUUUAGAUCUUACGUUUAACAACUUCAAUGGAACAAUACCAGAAAGUAUCUACUCAUGCAGCAAUCUAAUCGCAUUGCGGAUGUCUAACAAUAAAUUCUAUGGCCAGCUAUCAAAGGGAAUAGGCAAUCUGAAGUACCUAUCCUUCCUGUCAAUUUCCAACAAUUCUUUUACAAAUAUCACAGAUGCACUUCAGUUACUCAAGAACUCCAGGAACCUCACCGCUUUGCUUAUGGGGGUCAACUUCAUGGGUGAGGUCAUGCCAGGGGAUGAAACAAUUGAUGGUUUUGAGAAUCUGCAAUUUCUAACAAUUGAUGACUGUUCAUUGCUUGGGAAAAUACCAUUUUGGUUCUCGAACCUUGCAAAUUUGCAGAUAUUAGAUUUAUCUAACAAUCAACUCACUGGUCAGAUACCUGUAUGGAUUAACAGGCUAAACUUCCUCUUCUACCUAGAUGUAUCAAACAACAGCCUGACAGGGGGGAUCCCAACAGCUUUGAUGGAGAGGCCAAGGCUCAUAUCAACGAAUUCUACACCGUAUUUCGACCCAGGGAUCCUUGAGCUUCCUGUUUAUUUAGCACCAUCACUUCAGUACCGUGGAUUCCGUGCUUUCCCAGCAUCAUUAAAUCUAGCCAGGAACCAUCUCAUUGGGGCAAUACCAGAAGAGAUUGGUCAGCUAAAAAUGCUCCGGUCAUUCAAUAUCAGCUUCAACAGCAUUUCAGGAGAGAUCCCACAACUGCUUUGCAACCUUACAGAUCUGCAGGUAUUAGACUUAUCCAAUAACCAUCUCAUAGGUACAAUCCCAGCUGCACUGAACAAUAUGCAUUUCCUUUCUAAGUUCAAUGUUUCUAACAAUGAUCUAGAAGGGCCUAUUCCAACUGGAGGUCAGUUUACUACAUUUCAAAAUUGCUUUGAAGGAAAUCCAAAGCUGUGUGGCUCAAUUAUAUUCCGCAGCUGUGAUUCAUCAAAAGCACCUUCAGUGUCCAGAAAACAUCACAACAAGAAAGCAAUUUUAGCAAUCACACUCAGCGUGUUUGUUGGAGGAAUUGUCAUCCUUUUAUUGCUGAGUGGUCUCUUUGUGUCACUUGGGGCUACAAAAUUCAUCAAAACAAGGGGACUUGCUAACAACAGAAGUGAUGAAACAGCCUCAUUCAAUCAUAAUUCAGACCAUACGUUGGUGGUGAUGCCACAAGGCAAGGGAGAGAAAAACAAACUCACGUUUGCGGACAUCAUGAAGACUACAAAUAACUUUGAUAAGGAGAACAUCAUAGGUUGUGGAGGUUAUGGAUUAGUCUACAAGGCUGAUCUACCUGAUGGCUCCAAGUUAGCUAUCAAGAAGCUCAAUACUGAAAUGUGCCUGAUGGAAAGAGAAUUCACUGCAGAGAUUGAAGCACUCACCAUGGCACAGCACGACAAUCUUGUGCCACUCUGGGGUUACUGUAUACACAGAAACUCGAGGCUGCUUAUAUAUUCUUACAUGGAGAAUGGCAGCUUAGAUGAUUGGCUUCAUAACAGAGAUGAUGAUGCUAGCUCGUUUCUUGAUUGGCCAACCAGGCUCAAGAUUGCUCAAGGAGCAAGCCUAGGUAUUUCUUACAUCCAUGUUGUAUGCAAGCCUCAUAUUGUCCACCGUGACAUCAAAUCCAGCAACAUUCUGCUCGACAAAGAAUUCAAAGCUUAUAUUGCAGAUUUUGGGCUAUCAAGAUUGAUCCUUCCCAGCAAAACUCAUGUCACAACCGAGCUUGUUGGCACCCUGGGUUACAUCCCCCCCGAGUAUGGGCAAGCAUGGGUCGCUACAUUGAGAGGCGACAUAUACAGUUUUGGAGUGGUUCUUCUUGAGCUUCUCACAGGAAGACGGCCCGUUCCUUUCCUAUCUACAUCAAAGGAACUUGUCCCGUGGGUACAGGAGAUGACAUCAGAGGGGAAGCAGAUUGAGGUUCUGGAUCCAGCAGUUCGAGGCAUGGGGUAUGACGAGCAAAUGCUAAAGGUGCUUGAAAUUGCCUCCAAGUGUGUCAACUAUAAUCCUUUGAUGAGGCCGACUAUCAUGGAAGUAGUUGCCAGUCUGGACAGUAUAGACCCUGACCAAAAUACAUUAAAAAGAUAGAUAAUUUUGCACUUUUUUUUUGAAACCGAGCUGACAAUUUUGCACUUUCAAUCAACACUCGACCGAGAUGAUGUAGCUUCACCUGACUUGUGUAGUUCGUUACAGACUACUAUCAUCUCAGGGUAUUGAGUGUUUAAGUAAUUAAUUAUUCCUUUCCCAGUUUCUUGAAACACUAUUUAGUGCAUAUGUUGUACAGGCAUGACAAAAGGUAGAAACAAGUGAGAACUUUGUUACGCUCCUUGAGUGUUUCCAUGAGGAUGUCAAAAAGUUAAUGAAGAUA